AUGUCGGACAUAUUGGCGAAAAUCAUGGAUGUUGAGUUGGAUUUCGGGAAUGAGGCAGUUAAAGAUGUGGAUACCAAAUUACACAUUUUGAAAUUCGGCUAUAGCUGGGUGGAGGAAGUUGAGAAGGAAGAAAGACUUAUGAAGGAAGUCAAAGAACCAGUUUUAGAACAAAAAGAUAAACAGAAGAAUAAAUGCCAAAUAAAACCGUUCACAAAAGAGACAAAGGAAAUUACCAGAGAGCCACUCCUGGAUUUCGGCGAUGGACCGGUGGUAGAUUUGGACGCAAAAUUAGAAAUACUAAAGUUUCCGUACAGUUGGGCGGAGAAAGUUGAAGAGGAAGAGAGAGGAACAAAGGAAGUCAAUGAACCAGCCUUAAAACAAGAGAGCGAACCCAGCGUUAAGAUUUUCAGAGAAGAGAGAAACGAAAUUCCCAGAGAGCCACUCUCGGAUUUCGGCGAUCGACCGGUUACUAAUUUGGAAGAAAAAUUAGAAAUACUCAAGUUUCCCUACAACUGGGCAGAGAAAGUGGAAGAAGAAGAGAGAGAAACAAAGCUCUUAUGCAACGAAGAAGAUGAAAAUGAAAAUGACAACUACUUUGUUCCAAGAAGACUUUUUCUUUUUGGAGUCGAAGAGUUCAAGAGCGAUUUGAAGCAGUCAAUCAAAAACACCAAACAACCCGAUGUUCCUGAGAAAUCAACUGAUAUGGUCUGCUCUAAAUAUGAUUCUGUAGCAAAAGUGGCAACUAUCAGAAAGAGAAAUAGUAUCGGCAGAAAAAUCAAGACAUUCCUUGGACUCAGAUAAAAGGAAAAAUAGCAAUGCAGUGUAUAUUUCUGAAAUAAACAUGGACGAAAGUACUUCAAGACUUUUUUUGGUUAA